AACCCCUUGAUGCGUGCUCCAGAGCCGCCAUACCCCUCAUUUACUCUCGUCAUGUGUGCUGCCCUCAACGAUACCGCUCGCCUUCCUGCCUACAGAGAGGCCCGUCGUCGCCGACACCACCCCUACACAAGGCCACCUCGCCGUCAGACGCCUGACUACCUGAUGGACACGAUUGAUUACCGUGACGUAGACGAACGUGAUGCCGUGGGUCUGAUGCUUGACUCGCUCCAGCCCACUGCUCCUGCGGCCGCUGACUCUGUGAUGAUGAACACUCAGGACGACGUGAUGCACCUGGACGAAGCUUUGCAUGGCGUCAAGGCUGAUUGGAAGGGGCGUCGUAGAUUGUCGACAUUGAUUAUUGAUCUUGCACUCGCUGUUUGCCGACGGUGCCAGGGAAUGCGUCUUGUCAAAAAGUCAUCCACUAACAGCGUGGAUUUAUUAGACUGAGCUGCCAUCUCUAGAAUUAUCAGGACUGCUGCUUUAACGCGAAUUGAUCUUGCUUGUCUUGUCCUGUUUGUUAAUAUCGCUGCAUUUGUACCUAUAGAAUUCGUCGAGUCUGUUUUUGCUUUGGAAUUCUUCCAUCUUGCGUUGGUUGAAGUUAUUGUCAUCAUAAUCUUGGGAGAGCCCAUACAUGUAUCAUAAGUAAAUACACACCGCAC